GCUGACUGUGGUUUCCUGUCCAAAAGCUGCAGCACAGAAGUCUGAGGCAAGUACAGUGGGAGCAAUGAGGGAGGAAAGGCCAAAUGCACAGGACGGAUACUUAUCUUUUUAAGAAUUUAAGCAAGUUUGGGAAAGUGGUGUAUUUGGGCUUGCUUUUUAGAAAGUGAACAGAAGGUGAGGAAAACUGCAGCGCAGAUCCAGCUGCGUGCAGACACACAACAGUCCCAACAUCUGAACUGCUGGAGGACGGGGCGAGCCGGAGAGAGAAACUUUGGAGGCGGAGAGAAAACUAUCUCCGCUGAAGAACCAUGCAUUGAACUGGGACUUGGUGCACCUACAUGAGCCGAAGCGAGAUCUGGUGGUCGUGUGAAGUGGCAAAAGUGGAGGGAAGGGUCUCGGAGGGCGAGAAGUCCACCUGGAGCGGUCAGAGAAUGAAUUAGCCAAAGGCUCGGCUGCACAUAGUCCCAGCCAGAGAGAAGGCUCACUCCUUGGCACCGCCACCUCCUCCCUUAAGAGCCAGGCCUAAGCCCAUGGAUGAGGAGAGGAGCGCCCCUACCAUCUCCCCAGAGCCACCCGAUGAUGGGGACCCCAGUCUACCGUCUCCACAACCAAAUUCACACACAUCCUCCACCACAGAGAACGUGAACAGCUUCCUGAACCCACAGCCUUGUCCUAGUGCAGAUGUGGCCCACACCUAUACUGAGCCCCUCAUAUUGAGGUUAAAUGGCACCCCAGAAAGGUCGUUAAGUGAUGACGGAGACAUUUGCAACAGUGGCCUUUCAAACUCGGAGCUUACAACACCCAGCAAGAGUAUCACGUCUCAACCAGGAGCUAGAUCCAUGCCCAGCCACUCCCAGCCAUACCGAACACAGCCCAGCAGCCAACUACGCAAUGGAGCCAAGCACCACACGCACGCACACUCCUCUCACGCACACUGUCCGCACCACACGCACAUGCCUCACACGCAUUCACUCCAGUCCAACGGGGUCAGGAGCGGAGGCCCUCAUGAGCAUCCUAAGCUGGGCUCCCUCCCCAGAGGCGACUCGUCCACCUCCUCAUCCUCCUCAGGAAACACCCAAAGAAAUUGCAGCAAACACACAAAGAAAUUGCAGUCCAACCCUUCCAUCACCUCCCAGAGCAGCAAGAGGAGCAAGAGCAGCUCCAAAAGCAACAGCUCCCAGAUUCCUACAGAGGCACAGGAUGACUGCUGCGUUCACUGUAUUCUCGCCUGCCUAUUUUGUGAGUUCCUAACUCUGUGUAACAUCGUGCUGGAUUGUGCCACCUGCGGCUCCUGCGCUGGCGACGACUCGUGUUUCUGCUGCUGCUGUGCGUCGGAGGAAUGUGGCGACUGUGACUUGCCCUGUGACAUGGACUGCGGCAUCAUCGACGCCUGCUGUGAGUCCGCAGACUGCCUGGAGAUCUGCAUGGAGUGCUGCAGCCUUUGCUUCUCCUCCUGAGGCCCCAGCCCCCCCACUACCAGCAGCACAGGCUGCAAAGCUGAUAUAUGCUACACACACCCAUAACUCCAACUUUGACCAGUGUCUUAUCAGACCUGGGAAGUGCUGAACCCAGUCUGUGGUUCCCACUAUAGUGGCAAAGCUUAUUUGGCUUCCCAGUAUGCCCAGUGUUUUGUACAGGGUUUUCCAAGCAAAAGAUGUGACCUAUUGCUGAGAGCAGUCACUGGUGAGUUCUUCCUUCCUUUACUGAACAAAUGAUGGAACAGUAACCUCCUCUGCUUUGUCUUUGCUGUUGGUCCAUUGCUACACAGCUGGGUGCACGGUAUAGAGGGAGCUCAAGCCUGGUUCCAUGAGGGUCUGCCAGGCUGUGCAGUCCAGGCCUCCAUACCCUCAACGAACAAGCUAUUAUUACAAUGGAGCCUCUUGUGCUGUCUGAAUGACUGGAGUUCUCCAAGCAUGAAAAAUGACCUCCAAAGGCAAAUGAGAAAAUGGUUCCAUUUAACUGGAUUUUAGUGUUUCUGUAGAUAAGAGCAGCAGCAUAAUGGGAAAAUGGAUGCUCAGAUCUGAGUAGAAAAGUAGCAUGUCCUUCUAUCCUUGGCAAGGUUAAAGUCUUCCAGUCGGAGCGCUUACAGUGGCCUUUGCUACAACACACAGUCCAAGUGGCGGAUGUGGGAUCCACGCCUGUUGCCUUUGUUGCAAUGUACAAAAUUACAAAAAUUUAAUUGUGGCUUGUUGCAAUAUUACUGACAGAUCCAUUCAUUAUCUAUACUGCUUAUCCUGAAGAGGGUCGGGCGGCUGGAGCCAAUCCCAGCUGUCAUUGGGCGAGAGGCGGGGUACAACCUGGACAGGUCGCCAGGCUGUCUCAGGGCUGACACAUAGAGGCAGACACCGCACACAGAAUUACCAUCAGAUUUCUUUUGUUAAUAUGCAACUCAAUUAACAAACUUAUUCAGAGAAGAGUCAUGAGAACGUUAUGCAUCAGCCUGGAAAUGGAUCCCAUUCAAUGAAUACUGUAAGUGACGGACAUCAAAGAACAAACAGUUGACACAUCUGCAUCAGACACAUUCUCUGCUCUAACAUGUGAAGGGAGAGAUUUCUUCAACGGUCUCUCCUCAUUUAUUGUUUCGCAUCUUGUUUACUUUAACUUUUUUUUCUGAUGGGCUCUGACAUUAAGUGAAUUUUUCCACGUCUGAUUGGUUGACUAGUAAAGGACUGGCUGAGGACUGGACGGCAUCGUUUCCUUUCUAAUAUGUUUCGUUUUUUCAUGUCGCUCUUGCUAUGUGAACAAAUGGCCGUGGCUUAGCUUAAGGCCUGAAUUUUCAAGUAAAUUCUUUGCCUCUCUAUUAAUCCUUGUUUUAUAGAUUUUAGUUAAGAUAUUUACAUUUCUCCUCUAAUGUGAAAAUCACAUUUCUGUGUUAUCGGGUUCCGCCAGGCUUCCUGUAAAGCAGACACUGCUCAACAUCUAAUUUAAUUCCUUGACUGAAAAUCUCACGACAUUAUGCUGUUAGAUCCAUAUGCUCGUACUAUGAGUGGUACGCUUUUGAUAACAGUCCUGCACUCUCAUAUGCUCCGACGCAUACCUUCUCCAACCCAAUACCUCUUGAGAUGUCAUCUAGCUCUGUUGUGCCUUUUUAAAUGACUUGAUACCGAUCUUUCUCCUCUCUGAUCAAAUACUAUUUGUGCAAUCUUUUUUUUCUUGGAAAUACCAAAGAGUUUUCUUCUUACUGGACCUUAGUUUCUAAACCUAAUUACUUGUACAUAGAAAGGUUUUUGCUAUGCUAAUGUGGCUGUGGUUGAUUAAACCCUAUUCUAAGGGCUGAAAUCUAACACUGUUAAUGAUGAAUAUAUACUACAGCUGUAAACCUGAUAACCCCGAAGCAGAAAAUGUACGUUUUGGGAAUUCAUCUAAUGCAACUUGAGACUAUAUUUUGAGACUUGUUCAAACUCAAGUGAGACACAAUCCUGGAAAUCCCUGGAAAACAGCAUUAAUCUUCUGAUUUAUAAAGGGAAAACUGGAUUAUAUGUUAUGUAUAGAAAUUGUAACAAUGUCAUUUGUUUGGCAAGAUUAUUUCAAGUGCAGAUUCUGACAUAGGUGUUUCAUCUGGGAACGUGCUCAGUCACCAGACCAACUGUGUCACUAAAACUAUGGGAGUACAUUGUGAUAAAUAUCUGGGUUAACCCAUAAAAGUCUGAAAUCUAAAUAAAAACUGCAGUUUAAAGCACUGGUUUGGCACCAACAGGGGUCAAUUUUACAAAUAAUAAAGAUUGUUUUAUACCACUGGAAUAUGGUUUCUACAUGUCCAUAGUUACAGAGCCAAAAAGCUAGAGACGAAUGAGAAGUUACAAGGAAAAACCUGAAUAACCUGUCACCCUGGAUGACAAUGCCCCCAUCCAUAGGGCACAGGGAGUCACUGAAUGGUUUGAUGAGUAUGAAAACAGUGUGAAACAUACACUGACCAGCCAUAACAUUCUGAAAAGUGACAGGUAAAGUGAAUAACACUGACUAUCUCAUUACAGUGGCACCUGUCAGUGUGUGGGGUUUAUUA